GUCUUGUGAAACGACAUUAAUUCAACAUUCAAGCCUUUCUGCAUCCAAGGAAAUUGAUGUGAUCUAUGGUGGAUGAUUGAAAUUUGUGUUCUACACCUACAUAAUAUAGAUUAUUACAAAUAAGCUCCUAUAUCUACCUGCAAGAAUUUGGAAGGGAACACGAUGUUGCUACCAACUAGAAGUUGUAGCUUAGGACGCGGCGAGGCUGGCGGCGCGAUGUCGUGCGCCGGCUGCGAGAAGCCCAUCCUCGACAAGUUCCUUCUGCACGUGCUGGAGAGAGCCUGGCAUGCCGCCUGCGUACGCUGCGCCGACUGCCGAGCACCCCUGGCUGAUAAAUGCUAUAGCCGGGACAACAAGCUGUUCUGCCGGAACGACUUCUUCAGGCGGUACGGGACGAAGUGCAGCGGCUGCGGGCACGGCAUCUCGCCCUCAGACCUGGUCCGCAAGGCGAGGGAGAAGGUCUUCCAUCUCAACUGCUUCACGUGCCUCGUCUGCAGGAAGCAGCUGUCCACCGGCGAGGAACUCUACGUGCUGGACGACAACAAGUUCAUAUGCAAGGAGGACUAUUUGGCGGGAAAAGCGCCGACUACGCAUCCGGACUCUCUCCUAGGCUCCGGCUCCGAUGAAGAGGAAGAGGAGGAGUCCCGCAGCGCCAACACGAGCGGCAGUCCUGCGCACGCGCCACACCCCGCACUGCACUCCGAGCUGUCGCACAACGGGGACACCAAGCCGCAUGAUGACUCGGAGGACCAGUUCUUUUUCUUCCACUCCCAGGGUUCCCUCGACGGAGACCCGGAGACCAGGGACUCCCAGGCCGAGAACAAAUCCCCAGAUGACGGCAACGGAGGCUCCAAGCGGCGAGGCCCACGCACCACCAUCAAGGCGAAACAGCUUGAGAUCCUGAAGUCAGCGUUUUCCCAAACGCCCAAGCCGACAAGGCAUAUACGGGAACAGCUGGCGAAGGAAACUGGACUGCCUAUGAGAGUUAUUCAGGUGUGGUUCCAGAACAAACGAUCAAAAGAGCGGCGGUUGAAGCAGCUGACGUCCAUGGGUCGAGGACCAUUCUUCGGCUCAUCGCGGAAAAUGAGGGGGUUCCCCAUGAACCUUUCCCCCGGGGGGUUGGAAGAGGGCCCUCCGGGGUUCCCCUACUUCGCGACUGCCGAUGGAAAGUUCGAAUUUGGCUACGGGCCUCCGUUCCACCCUGACGCUCCGUUCUUCCAUCCGCCGCCCAAUAUGCCGUUCAACCAGCCAGGUCGUUUUCCAGGCGGCAUGGAGUCGCUGCCGGGCGGCGAGUUCCCGGAGCAGUUCCCGCCUCCUGACCACCUGGUACUUCCGAGGCCCUCGUCCCCGGAGUUCACGUUCGGGGACGCUCCCCCGCCCCUCGGCCACCCCGAGGGCCUGGUCUGGUAGCUGAAGCCGGAGCCGCGCGACUUCCACGAAUGAUGCGGCUCGCUAAGCUACCAGUUGGACUUGUGACUCAAAGUUUUGAAGUGACGUUUUGUAAAGUGCGUGGACUCCUUGGUUCGUUUUCAAGGUUUCAGUUGCGAACUCUUUCGUCAGUUUGGUGCUACAAAUACUUGCAAGCAAAUGUUUUUUACGGUUUGUGGACUGAGCGUCUUCAUCUUUAUUUGUGUGAAUGAUCAUUUUGUAAAACAUUUGUAAGACUUUAAUUUCUUUGAUUAAGUAACAACCUCUAAAGCCUGCAUCUUAUUUUGCAUUUCUUUGGAAAGCUUUUAGAUUUAUACAUAUUUAUGUUUUGAUCUUAUAGUUUAAGUCUGUGAAUAAAUUAGGUACUUAAUGUGAAUACUGCUAGGCUAUUUGUACAGAAAGAUGUUUUUAUUAAAUUGAUAAGAAUUUAUUAGAGGUAAUAAUUUAUUUCUCAAAACGGUUAAGAUUAGUUUUAAGUAAUAGACAAAUACCUAUAUUAUGCUUAUAAAUAUAACUUUUGGUUCCUACGAUAAGGUAAAACAGUUUUUAUAUGUUUUAUUUUGUAUUUUAUCUUAUUUUCUCAUAUUUAAGUACAAUAGUAGAGAGUAUUAUGUAUUGGGUAUUUAGAUUUUAAGUCACUUUAACGAUGAACCGCCAUUUAAAGGUAUCAUGCAUCAGGAGAUGUAAAUAUAAUUUUGUAUAUACAUAAUUAAUAAAUAAUAUCUACAGGCACAUGCCUAUAAAUUUCAUAGUUAUUAAUAAUUAUUUAUAAUUUUAAAUUGAACCUAUCUAUAUUAUGUUCUUAUUUCAAUUAUUUUCCGCAAAUUCUCCUUGCAAUACCUUUGUACCCUUAUUAUGUACCUUCUUCCAUUUUCAUAAAGUGAGUGUUGAAUUAAUUAUGCAUUAGACCCGUGUCAUGAUAAUGGGUCAGAUUUUUCUAUCCAUCCAUACCUUUUAUUUCUUUUCUUGGUUAAAAUAAACUAGAGAAGAAUGCAUUAUGCUGUAUCUUCAAUACUGACUUAUCGUAUAAAAUGUUUUAUUUACUGAAAUGAUAAAAUACAAUUUAAAAACAGGUUUAUUACUUAUGUAUUGUAUGUACUGUAGCUCUUAAGUGUUAAUAUGUGGUACAUACUCCUUGUCGGUAUUUAGUGUUAAAUAUAUAAAAUUGUAAUGGAAUUGUCUGUAAGAAUUAAAUCUAUUUAAAAAAUA